CUGCAGUGUCUUGAUCAGGAACAUGGAACCUCUGCCAGGAUGCGGGUCUUCACCCUGGAGCCAGGCCCCCACAGCCAACACCUUCAGCCUGGUGUUGUGUGUCUUCCUUUUGAACUUCCUGUGCUGUCUCUCUGUCCAGCCCUUAUGCAGAGAAGAGGAGUAUUCUGUGGGGGACGAGUGCUGUCCCAUGUGCAACCCAGGUUACCAUGUGAAGCGAGCCUGCAGUGAGUUUACAGGCACAGUGUGUGCCCCCUGUCCCCCACAGACAUACACUGCCCAUGCAAAUGGCCUGAGCAAAUGUCUGUCCUGUGGAGUCUGUGAUCCAGACGUGGGCCUAGUGACCUGGCGAGUGUGCUCCAGCCGGGAGGACACUGUGUGCCGCUGCAGUCCAGGCUACUUCUGUGAGACCCAGGAGGGCGACCACUGCUCUACAUGCUUGCCGCACACCACCUGCCCUCGGGGACAGAGGGUCCUGAGGAGAGUAGCCACCAACAGGAUUAGAAACAACGGGCAGUGCAGAUCUGCCACUGUCAUGGUCCCACUGCCACUGUUUGUGGCCCUGCCAGGCCUCGACUGCAGCUUCUCCUCAUGUUAUGGGGGCCAGGGAACUGGAGCCUUCCCAGGCACCAUUGCUGGAGAUGUUUGGGGGCAGAAACAAGAGAACACUGUCAAGUUUCCAGUUACCGAGGUUGGGCUUGCUGUGACUGAGGAGGAGACAGCUUUCAACCUUGUGAAUUCUGGGUGA